CAGACGAGAAACCUCCUUUCUGAGCCACCAAUGCCCUGAAUGAAUGAAUUUCAUUAUUGUGCAGUCCUUUCAUGAUGAUGAACUGUGUGAUUCUGACUGGUUGAGAACACCACAGGUUGAUAUAGUGAUGUUUACCAAAUUAGGUACAGGUUAUGUUUAGAUUUUUUUGUUUGUUUGUUUGUUUUGGUGUUUAUUUUGAUCCUGCAUGGAUACCGAUAUCUCGUCCGAAAGCUAAAGCGCGACUACCAGCGACACGAAACCGAAACAGCAAGUGUGAACGCGACACAAAAUGGAGGCGCAGCUCGGUUUAACUUUCUGUUUCUUUUUCGACGCUUUGACACGGUUGCGUGUCUGUUAAACCAGAAGCGCUUAGCAUUAAGCGUUAAGUCAAACCCAAAUUGCUCGCACAUACGAGAUUUAACGAGCAAUACAAAGUACAUAUAACUGUAACACUUUGCCUUGUGAGAUGCUAAUGUUUCUAGUGACGCCCAGGGUUGGACGGUUUUUUUUUUUUUUUUUUAGCAGCAGCAGUUAGCUAGCCGUGCUAGCCUCACUUCCUGGUUACACAACAGUAUCCUUGAAAAUUGAGACGAGACCAGCUUUCAGCCGAGCUUAAAAAGAAAAAAAUAGAUAGCUAUACAAAUGUGGGCUUUCUCGGGCUGAGAGGGAUGACUUGAAUCUUUGAUUUGUUCCCCGGGAAAGUAUAACUUCAUAUUUCCGCGAAGCAAUGAAAGGAAAAUCUAAGUGAUCUGUCGUACAUCAGGAGGAACGCAGAAACCCCAGCCAAUGCCUCGCCUUCAUGGAGAAUGACACUACUAUAUCGAAAGAAGGUCUCCUUGAGCCAUUGGUUUCUGGCUCAGUAACCUUUGAAAGCAGUAUUUUAGCUCCUCUACGUAACAACUAUUUGUAUGAGGAGUCCAAAGAGUCUUUUACCUACAGCUCAGCACAACUGAUCAAUAAUCCAGCUCUACAGAAAAGAUAUUAUGCAUUUCGCACUGAAAAACGUGAACAAGGAUACUCUGAAGAAGAACUCGAGGAGUUGUUCGGCUUCUUGUUGCUGGAUGACAAAUCCAGGGCAAAUAGACUUGCGGAAACAGGCCUAAUUGUUGGGCAAGGGGCAUGCACCACUCUUGGAGAUCGUUCAAAGGGUGUGUAUAUCUCAAAGUACUCUGACUGCCUUGACAUUAAGCGCUGGUAUGAUGGCAAGACAGGAUACAUUGUUCUGUUAAAGUUGACAAAGGGUCGAGUAAAGGAAGUGACAGAAAACUACACGCAAAACUUCACACCUCCGACUGCUGGGUUUGACUGCCAUGUAUCAGAGCAGCUCAGAUCAGUGUGUACAACCACCAGCUCUUUUCUAGCAUUUGAAAGGACUCAGUAUUAUAUGUAUGAGCUGCUGGAUGAAGGAAAAAAGGUUGAACCAUGCCCAAGACAUGUGUGUCCAUUCGCCAUUGUGGCUUUCUCCUAUGGAAAAACGUCCAUCUCUUUAGAGCCGAUGGAGAAAAGCCAAGAAAAGUCAUCAUUUCAUUACCAACCAUGGAGUGGCCAGCUAAAGAUUGAGUCUAUUUUGUACAACAUCGGGUUGAGGUCCAUCCAUGGAGCCAUGUUUCCAGCAAAUCUUCCAAAAAUAAUUAAAGUUGACCGUAUCAUUGAAAUCUCUGAACUGAGGAAGACAUUGCCUCAAGCAGUUUUUGAAACUUCUCCUCUUGGUGAAGUUUCAUUAGAUGGCAAAUGGUUUAGCAUGUAUGAAGUCAUCUCAUUUGAAGCAAAAAAUGACCUAGCUUUCUUAAGUCAAGAGUUAAAGGAAAAGGACAUGGCCCUUGUUAUAUGUUUGGAAGAUGGCGGAUUCCUUGUAAUUUUACAUUCAUGUAAUUUCCUGUCCUAUGAAGGUGCAGGCACAGAUAAAGCCUUUGCUCUUCAAGGAAUGUUUAUUUAUCCGGACUCCAGAACCGUGCCACGAGAGACCAAGAGGGCAUACCAUAAGACUACAGUUUCAUCUGAGGUUCUUCAAGUUCUCCCUGCCCUGAAUUAUGCCGAAUUAGAAAUGGAGAAGUGUCCUCCCCAGCAACAGGACGAUGCCCUUGGCACAUUGGAAAAACAUUUGCAGGACUUUGCUGCUCUUAUUUUUCCAGGGUUAACUAACAGCCCUAGCAGGGAGGCGAGUAUGUUUCCUGAUCAGUAUGAUGUACCUGAUGGUUUUCCUAAGAGUGCCCCAAAAUGGACAGAACAGACGGGGGAUCGCCUCAGGAUGUACUUAAAAAGUCCAUGCAGUUUUCAAAUUCCAGUGGGUCGGGCACUGGAACUCCUAGCUGCCGGAAAGCAGCAACGCAGUGAUGAUCACGAUGAUGAUGUCUAUUACUAUAUAUCCUCACCUGAGGCCCCACAGACUCCUGCGGAGAUGGUUUCCGAGAGAGAUUUGCCUAACGAAACUGAUUAUUUAACUUGCAGGAAUGUUUCCGAUGAUGUAAAAAAGACAGCUGAGCAGCAAGCUGAAACAGAAAAGACUGUAGCCGAUGAACUGCCCCAUCAGGGUUUGGUGGAGGACGUCAACAUGUCUGGUGCUGCAGUGGUUGCUGCUGAUAAUAGCACAUCUGAUGCAACAACGGAUGCUAUGAUAACACCUAAUAAUAACCAAGCUGAAGGGACCGAUUCUUCAUCUACAUUAGGUGACCCCAAUACAAAACACUAUGCUCAGAACAUUGUUGCUGCUCAAGACGGUGAAAACACAUCUGAGGGUGUCUCACCUGACGAUAAAUGCAAUGGAAGGGAGGUUUCUGAGGCAUCUUCGAAAGAAACAAUUCAGACCUCCAGUGAGGCCUUAUCAUCUACAGAAACUGGAGAUGAUGCCUCAACUCUGGCAUCUAAUGUCGAGAUGGAGGUUAAUCAGUCAGAAAAAGUAGACAGUUUCUCAGAUGUGCUUCCUAAAAUUGGAGGUCAGAUGCCUAUUGCAGAUAAAGACCUUCUGGAAGCUGGCCUUCCAACAUCCAUUUCAACCCCUACUACAUCAAUAAACCAGACUGAAGCAUUAAUUGAAGGCUGUGACGAAGUACAGCCAGAGGUAAGCAGUAGUGUUCCUGCUGAGACAAAAUCUGCCCCAAAACGGCACGGAAGAAGGAGAAGAAGGAAAUCGUCAAAACGCAAUACUAAUACAUUCAGUCAAAUUACAACCCCCUUUCAAAACACUACUUUAUCUUUAAGUCCUGCAACAGAAGCUAUUCCUACUCCUGAACAGAGCAGUAACAGUGACUCAAUACAUUCCUCACCUAGCACACUCAAAAAAGAUUGGCGUUCUCUCCCAAGGCUCAAGAGGGAGUGGAAAGUUGAUGCCAGCGCAAGGCGGACAUUGAGGUCAAAUUUUAAAAACACUGAAACGCCAUCUGAUAAAAACAGCGACUCUGAGAAAAAUACCUCCAUUACAGAACUUACUGUUACGACUAACAUUACAUCCAGUACACCGAAACGAAAAAUGGAAGGAAUUAAUAUGAGAGAACGAUACGGCCUCAAGAACAUAAUCACAGAUUGCGGCUUUGUCUUUGUCCCCCAUGGCUCAGAAGUUGCUCCUGGUGACAUAAAGUCAAAUGAAAAUAAACAAGCUCCAGAAUCAUCUGUUGUUACAACCGAAAGUCCUUUAGUGGAGAAGCCAACAACUCCACCACCACAUGAUAAACCUCAGCCAUCAGAAAUAGAAAACAGAAGUCAGCAUAUGCCCUUAUCACACAUACAAAACAUUUCAGAGACGCCACCCAAGGCACUAGCGUCUUCAGAAGUUCCUGUGUCCCCACAAAAAUCAUCUGUCCUGGAAACACCUGAAAAAAAUAAAAGCACAGUGAAAGACCAUGUAUACAGAGCAAUAUCUAUAAGUAAACUAAAAACAGUGCUCAAAAGAGCAAGAAGGACCAAAUCUUCUGGUGGAAAGGAUCAUGGGAAAUCGAUAUCAGAUAAUACAGAGCCUGAAUUAAAAAGAGCAAAAUUAAACAGUAAUGCAGACAACGGCAAAUCGGCUCCUCAUGCAGAUGUUGAAAAAGGCAGCUCAUUACAGCCUAAUCCCGAAUCAGCUGGGUGCCAAGGGACAGUGGAAAAUGCACCAUCUAAACCACGACAGAGGGCCACACCAUCUCAGGAGAAGCGGAUCUCAGAGAUCCCUAAAGAAAAUGGUUGCAACUUUUUCCCUAAUGAAUUAGUUAAACAAGCCGACCAGCAGCUCAUAUCUGAGCCAGUACAGAAUAGGUUAGAGGCCAAGCAUAUUAGUUCUGGUGGCCAAAGCAAUAAAGAGGAAGUGGCUGUUUGUGUGCCUGCACCUUCAGAUGCUCUUAAUCUACUGGCUGAUUUGGCCCUCAGUGUAAAUAGUGACGAAAUGUUGCCUAAGCUGGGAAAAAAACACCACGGAGCCAGGACCAGUAGCUCGCCGCAAACAGUCAUUCAUCUGUUGCGAGACCUCACCCCCAGAUUAAAAUCUCCUUUUCCAGAGGGUCUUGUUGUGACUGGGGAUUUCAUAUUAGAAAUAUCAAAAGAGCAUUCUUACUCACAGCCCACCUCUCUGCUGUCAGGUUUGACAGGCAUAUGCCCCCAGGUUCAGUCUCCAGUUGGACGAGUUGACUCUCAUCUGUCCAUGAAAUCUGACCUCCUUCUGAAGCUGCCUGAUCUUGCUAGUCCAGGCUAUUAUGAUAAAGAAGGCAAGAACGGAUUGACACUCGUACCAUCACCCCCAGCUGCUGUCAAGGCCAAAGUAUGGAGCACUUUAUUUCUUCGCACUAGAACCGUGACUGAAAAACAAGGCUCCAUCCAAGUGACAAGAUUCUGGAAGGAAAACUAUGAUUUCAAAUUUGACAGCAAGUUCACAAAUGACAAACUAGACAAAUGUGUGACAAGAGCGCUGCAUGGCAAGUGGGAUUUUAGCAUUGAAGACAAUUAUGAGCAGGUGCACCUCAUCUUCCAUAUGUGGAUAGGUCUUUUCUACAGUAAACCCACUUCAAGAUUCUUCCACUUCGAUCACACCUUUCCAACAUUGGAAGGAAAAAAUCCUUCAGAUGUGUUACAGUUUGCUAUUCAGACUUCCUCACCGUUGCCUGAUGUUGAUUUGUCCACGAAAGAGGACAGAAAUACUUCCUUACAUCCUGGUUCAGAUGCUCUUGACCUUUCAGUGAAAACACCUGAGGCUGCAGACGACAGCACCUCUGGAGAAAAACCUACACCUAUUUCUGGCGUACGGUCAAUACUAAAAUACAUGUGGGAGAAUAAAGAGCCAGAUAAAAGACCCAGUUCAGACCAUUCUCCCAGUGUACUAAGAAAAGGCAUUUCUAUGGAUUAUAGAUCCACUGUGGAGACUUUGGACGAAAAUCUCACGCCUGAUCAUAGUGACUGCAGCGACCUAGAGGACAAUGCGACCAACAUCACUGAAAGCUCUUACACAAAACUUUUGGAGAGCAAUGGUGCAUACAGUCAGUUGUGUGACCAUGCAUCAAACAUAAGACUAGAUGAACAGAAAGUGUUCAUGAAAAGGAAUGAACUUGGCAAAGACCUGUCACUGUCAAAGGCCAUGAAUAUAAAUAGUGAUGGGAUAAUGGACACAGAGAGAAAAAGUGUGGCUGUGUUCCACCAGGUCGUUCGGCCUCUCAGGCCUCUGACUUUUUUAAAAGUGCCUGAUUCUUUACCUGGAAGAAAAAUCAUAGUAAAGUCAUUGAGUUUUAAGGAAAAGCACAAAGAUGAUGGAACUGUUUCAGUGCACACUGAGACACUAUCCAAAGAUGAGCAGUGUGACUCAGUAGUGAAUAAGGAAAAACAUGAAAGCACACCAGUGUAUGCACAUCCUGGUAAUAAGAAUGAGUGUGCACUUAAAUUUAGGACAGGAGGCUGUUCUGUCAUUUCUGUUCCUGUGCAUGAUAAAGCAACAAUUGAAGUUAAAUCUGUGCUUCUUACCAGAGAUGAAACACCUAUAGUUAUUUGUGAUGUGAAUAGCAGGAAGGAGGAAUCUGUCUCUUGUGAGAAAAAUAACGAGGUAACGUUUAACAACGAAUCCAAGACACCAAGGGAUGUUCUUGAUGUAAGAAACCAGAAAAAUCAGGAGGUCAAAUCUAUUAUAGAUGAAACAAAGAUAAAUGUUGGAAAUGAUUGUGACAUACUUGUUGAGAUGCAUGUUAAUGAUGGAGCAAAAGAGAAGUCCGGAUCUGUCCAUGAUGUCAGAGAUGAAACUCCUGUAGAUUUACUUGAUGUGGAUGAUGAAACAAAGGAGGAAGUUGAACCUGUAAGUCAUGUCUGGAAUGAUACUCCUGAGGAAAAGCUUGCUGAUGAGAUGAAGGACCUUGUAACACCUGUGAUUAUUAGACAUGGCACAUCCAUGAUCGUACCUGCUGCAUGCAGGUUGAAUGAGAUGGAUAUCCCUGUGAGAGAUGACAAGGAUGCAGGGGUGCAUGUUAACGAUGAGGCAAACACAGUUCAGACAAUGCCUAAUGAUGAUAUCACAUCCAUUUAUGAUGAAGAAAGUGCUCCUCAUGGUUUAUGUGAUGAGGGUGAUAAUGCCUUAGGUGAAGUUAAUUCUGUGAUAAAAAUCAACGAUGCAUCCGUAGGUGUACUAACUAAAGCCAAAGAUAAGCUCGGUGUCAAAGAUGACAUACCUGUCGACACACAGGAUGUGAAUAGCACAAACAAGGAAGCCACGCCUGAGCGUGGUGUGAGAGCUGAUAUAUCUGCAGAUGUGCAGGAUGUAAAUAGCACAAACAAGGAAGCCAAACCUGGGUUUGAUGUCAGAGACGACACACCUGCAAACAUACAGGAUGUGAACGAAACCAAAUGUGAGCCUAAUGUGAAAGACUACAGCUUUCUGCAUAGCCAGCAAAGUGCUGAUACAACAGAAGACAUGGCAGUCCAAGAAAAGGAAGAUGAAUCUGGGAAAGUUGACUGUGAUAAAGGAGAAAAAAAUUAUGAAACAGAAAAAAAAGUAGAAGCAGAGCUCAUUUGUGAUGCCAACAACGAAUUAGACUCUGAAAAUCAGAACACUAUCAAUGAUUCUCAAGAUUGUACAGAUUGGGUAGAUAUGGACACCAGUGAUAAAGAUUCAGAAGAUGAAAAUCAUAAAGAGGUGCGUGAAGUGAAUAUAUACAGUGGUGAAAGCCUUUUUAAAGUGCUUGAGGAAGACACAGUAAAGAUGCAGAAAGAUAUAAUAAAAACGGAUACACAUGUGGCAAGCAGUUGUAAAGAGCAACCUGAAGAGGGUGCUCAGCCAGAUAUAUCUGAUAAUUUAUCUUCAGGUCAGGUUAGCUCAACAUCCCAUGAGUUAAUUGUAUUGAAAGUAAGCAACAAUUCAUCUGCUCUUGGUGGCAAUUGCACCCAAACUCAGAAUGAUGGCAAAAGCACAAUGUUUCCUGAUGCCACUGUGGUUCAAAAUGCAACCCCUGAGGUCAUUCAGUACAAACACAGCAAAGUAUUUGAUAUCUUUCCCCUUACUGGAGUUGCUCAAUCAGAACCAUGUGAAAUAAACGACUCUAGCGUCCAGGGCACAACCGAAGAAGCGGAUGACUUGGCAAUUUCAAAUGCAAAUGAUGGUUCAGUUAAAGGCCUUAAAAAGGUAGAGAACGGCACUGACCAAAAAGGGGUUGAAGCAUGUGACAAUUUUGAAAGCAUGGAUGUAUCUCCACCAGCACUGCAAAUAGAUACUGAGACUGAGAUGAACAGCAGAUGCUCUACCCCAACUCAGGAUGAACCACUGUACAGCGAAGAGACUGAUGAGGUUUCUAGCUUUCAGGAAGGUAAUUCACAGGACAUUUCUGAAACAGAAAUGUGUGGAAAGGAGCGUCCUCCCAAUAUAUGGUUGGCACUUGAUAGUUCUGAGGAUUCGAGUUUAGAAUUAGAAGAGUCUCCACCUCAUAUCGCCCCCUCUCAGGAUCCUUCUUGGUCCCAUAAGAAGUUCAAUGCUAGAGUCAAAGAGGCUGAUAAAGGUGAACCAUUUGUAAGUGAUGAACAUGUACCCAAGGACAGCAUGGUUUACUUUGAUGAUCAUUUGAUUCCCACACAAGGACAUACAAAAGAAAAAGAGCAUCAACAAGAUGAGUUUGGUCAUUUUUCUGAGCAAUAUGGCGAUGAUCAUUAUGAAAAGCUUCCUUUAUCAUGGACACAUAGUGCAAGCUUCAAAACAAUGGGACAAGAAGACCUCAGUGAAUGGUAUGCACCUGAUGAGGAAAGACAUUAUACAACCUGCAGUUCUGGCCACAGGGAAGUUGCAUAUAGGCCAAAAGAGAUUAGACAGAGAAACUACUCUUUGGUACAAAGGACUCAUUAUUCAGAAUCUACUCCCAAUGUGGAUGAGUCAAAUGAAAGACUUUUUUCUUUCAGACAUCGGGCAGGUUUAGCUGAAAUGAAUAAUGAGUCUGAGAGUCAUGGUUCAGAGCCUGCGAGUUACAGUAAAAAGAAACGCCAUAGAAAGUUCUGUAAAAAUAAAUGGGAUGGAGAAGACUUUAAUACAACCAUAGACUACAGCAUCCAAAAGACCUUUUCAUGUAGUUCAGAUCAUUCGAGCAUAACAAGGACACGUACAUCUAGCCCUUAUCAGCGCAAAGGCGAAAGCAAGCAGAUGUUCGACUGGCGCAGAUAUUUUAGGAGAGAGGGAGUAUUUGAGUCAAAUGAAGAGAACGAUGGACCGUUUCAUGAUUCACCUUCUUCUAUAGUCACUAUGUUUGACAAGAAAGGUAACAGAGUGGUAUUUGAAAGUCCUUCUAGUCAAACGCGACAUGGUUUAAGUCAAAGUGUAGAAGAACAGCGAUCAAAAUCUGUCACCCAGUCUUUAAUGGAACUUGAGUACCUUAUCUUUGCAGAGAAGAUGACUCAUUUGCUCAAAAACUGCAAGACUACAUCCAGAGUAAAACCACAACAAAGACUAAAUAUCAGCCCUGUUGAAAACCCUAUGACCAUUCAAUUUUCAAGACUUGAUGAGCAGAAUAGUUUCUCAGCACUCGAUCAGACCUGGCCAACUCAUUCUAAGUUUAAGAUCAAUGUGGACAUGUCUGAAAGGAAAGCCUUAAAGAAAGCUUCAAAUUACAGCAAGCCCUUACAUCUCCAAAGCCUUUUCUGUGAAAGAGGCACUGAAGCAACUUGCUCGAAGUUAUCAGACAUAACCAAAGAAUGUUCAAAGUCAUACCACACCAUGAUGAACGACAUUUGCACCGGCAAGACUGUACCCCAUCAGAAUGACGAGUUGAAAAGAAAGUGGGAUAUCGAGUACGCUACGACUAGCAAACAGCCUGGCUUCUGUGGUCGCAUCAAAAAGGACAUGUUUGAUUAUCUGCAUGAUAAUUUGAACUCUAUCGUGAGGCAAGCAUGCAAGACCAAGUACAAGUUCUACAUUUUGGUUACAUCUGAUGACCCCUUUUUUGAGGAAACCAAGAAUCUGCUAGAAGCUGAGGGCCACACCGGAGUGGAGCCUUACCAGUUUGACUUUGAUGCCAACGGGCAAACUCCUCUACUUAUUAUCCUAAGAAACGAGGACAUUGCAGAACACAUAUUUAAGGUUCCGCAUUUGCUCGAGUUGAAAAAGUCAUCCAGAGUUCUGUUUGCGGGCAUCGAUCAGCCUGACGAUGUCGUGAACCUCACACACCAAGAACUUUUUGCAAAGGGAGGAUUUGUGGUUUUCGACGAAACCGCACUGGACACACUAAAUUUAGAAAACAUGAAAAAGGUUGUGGGCAUUAUGGAAGAGCUCGAUAAAAAAGGGAAGUGGAAAUGGUUUCUGCACUACAGAGACAGCCGCAAGCUUCGGGAAAAUGCAAGGUGCAGUCCAGAAGCGCAAAGGAGAAAACAGUUCCUCGACUGCUGCCAGGAAGCAGGAAUAGUGGAGGUCUUGCCUUAUCAUGAAUGUGACGUCAUUUCACGGGUCAGACCAGAUUACCUUCGCUGUCUAGUUCGUCUCCAGAUCCAAAACGUCUCUGCCCGGUUCCCUGUUUUCAUUACAGAUACCCCGGAUGACUCUUUUGAGAAGAAUGGGAUUUUGACAAUGAAUAUUUGGACCUUCUCACGGAUUCUCUCAAAUGACACAUGCUCAGUUUCAUAAACUGGUGUAAGUUUUAUGGUGGCUUAUACACCCCACCCAGUUACAUUUUGUACAAAUUGAAUGACUAAUUAUCUGUUGUCGAGUUUUCUUUUGUUCAUAAAUUAUUUUCCAAUGUUCUACUCUAUUGCUAUUUAUAUUGUAACCCCGAUGAAAGCUUUCAAGUGAAGGCUUUAUGUACAAAGUUUGAUAUGUAUUAAUUUUAAAUACUGUAAAAAAAAACUGAUAUUUUACUUUAUUUCAGUUUUUCAUAUGGUUUUAUAAAUCAUAUUGAGCAGUUUUAAUAAAACAGUUGAUUGCUUUUUGUGGUUUGUUUUAAUUUGUUUCACUGAUGAACAAAUAUCAGUACUGCACUUCAAAGACUUUACAUCCUCAUUUUUAGAGCUCUUAUCUGCUGUUGGCAUGGCACAGUAGUGUGACAGCCUCACACAUUCAUGGGUUAAAAUGUGUGUUUGAAUGUGUAUGUGCAUGAUGCCCUGGGCGUUUCCCACCUCGCACCCAAUGAACCCGAGAUUUUCUUCAAAACCAGCACAACCCUGACCUCGAUAAAGUGGCUCCCGAACAUGAAUAAACGC